AUGGGAAAUGAGGCUCAGGACAGGAGAGGUGUCUGCCUUAAAUACAUCACUGACCAGAACUUUGACACCGAUUGGGAGGAAUUGGCAAAGCUUUGGUAUCAUGACUACAACACUGAGCUCCAGGUUCAUCCUGGAGAACAUCCACUGCUGCUGUCAGAGGCUGCAGGGAACCCAAACCCUGCAGGGAGACGAAGACUCAGGCAGAUCCUUUUUGAGGUCUUGGAUGUUCCUGCCUUGUACUUGGCCAAUCAGUCUGUUCUGAUUCUGUUCACUUCUGGUCGCACCACAGGUUUGGUAGUGGAAUCUGGUGAUGGUGUCAGCCACACUGCCCCAGUAGAUGAGGGCUAUUGUUUGCCCCACACCUUCUGCUGCACCUCGGUGUCUGGAAGAGGCCUGACAGAGAACCUGAUCAGGAUCCUGAUGGACAAAGGCCACUACUUCACAACCAGCGCUGAGCGUGAAAUUAUUCGAGACAUGAAGGAAAAGCUCUGCUAUGUGGCUUUAGACUUUGAGCAGGAGAUGAAGCGGGCGGCAUCUUCCUCUUCCUCACUGGAGAAGAUCUACAUGCUUCCAGAUGGACAAGAAGUCCAGAUCUCCAACGAGAGGUUCUGCUGUCCAGUUCUCUUCCAACCAGAUUUAGUUGAAAAUGAGUCAGCUGGUCUUCAUGAGAACAUUUGCAGCAGCAUCAUGAAUGAUACUGACAUCCGGAGAGAACUGUGGUCCAACAUUCUCCUUUCUGGAGGUUCCAAGUUCCCUGGAUUCGCUGAACGCAUGCAGAAAGAGAUCACUGCUCUGGCUCCGGCUUCCUUCAGUAUCCAGAUUGAGGCUCCACCGUUCAGGAAUAUUUCUGCUUGGCAAGGCGGCUCCAUCCUGGCCAGCCUCUCCUCCUUCCAGCAGAUCUGGGUCAGCAGACAGGAGUAUAAUGAAUCCGGCGCCAAUAUCAUCCACCACACAUGCUUUUAA